AUGUCACCUUAUCAGCAAACAGACUCUCUGCAAGACGUGAUUAGGCGCUAUAUAGCCGACAUGCAAGCACGGGGGCAUCCUCCAAAAGAUAUUCUGAGUCAGGUCCUCCAUCUUACUUUGGAUGUUAUCUUUCCAAGUGGGCCAUGCUCUACAAGCUCAUCAACUGUAGCAGCCCCACAGGCACCUCCACCCACUGCAGAAGAGGCAAAAAAGGCUUCAGGUCAAGAGGAAGGAACCUCGUCUUCUUUUUAUUCUUCCUUUUCUUCUUCUUCGUCUCAUCAGCCUACUCCUAGGCCACAGUCUCCCUCGUCUUCCUCCUCUUCUUCGUCUUCUUCAUCCUCCUCAUCUUCAUCUUCAUCUUCAUCUUCAUCCUCAUCUUCCUCGUCCUCGUCCUCAUCAUCUUCUUCCUCUUCCUCUUCUUCGUCGAGUUCUCGCUCUAGCUCUCACUCCAGCUCUAGCCACUCUACUACUGAUUCUGAAGAGUCUUCUGGGUCUCUAAGUGUGCCAUCUCCGGAAACAUCAUCGUCUUCGUCCUCAUCGAAGUCCUCACCCAAUGAGGUUAUAGAGCCAUCCAUAAAAAGGCAAGAGAGACCGUACUCACACAGUGAGAAGACUAGUUCGACAGAGCCUCGUCGCGUAACAGAGAUGUAUCGUGACAUGCACAAUUCCACUGGUAAUAGUUAUCGCCAAGCAAAGGCCAAAAGAAAGAGCGGAUCUUUUUCAGGGGGUUCAGUGAUAGAUCCCAGUGUGCGCUAUAGCAAGAGCUUAAGUUGA